AUGAAUCUUGACAAGUACCAUAGUUGUAAAUAAGCCUAUGGUAGUGUGGCUGGAGGGUAAUUUUUAUAAAAGCCUUUGCCAACUCAAUAGCACCAAAACAAACCACCAUCAGUUUAAAGUUAUUCAGGGCAAAAUCAUCUUCUUAGUCCUACUAAUAUUUACAAAACAUAAGGCCCGAAUAACUAUAGUUCUCAAGCGAGUCUAAGCGGAUACAAGCCCUAACAUGCAACUUUUAAUCAAAAGUAAUCAAUGGUAAACCCAACUCAAGGUCAUAAAGGAUCAUUUGCUAAUAAUUCUAAUGCACUCUAACAAUUUAAUCAAUCUUACCUCAAUAAAUUAUCUAAUCUGGAAACAAAAAGCAAAUGCUACUCACACCAGUACCUGAAUGAAUUUUACUGUCUAGAAUGCGCACGUGAUAUAUGCAGCCAUUGCCUUUUACUUCCUAACUCCCCACAUCAGGGACAUAAAAACGUAUAAAUUAAAGAUCACUUGAGAAAAGUUCAGAGUUAAAACAAAGAAAAUGCAAAAUACCUUGAUCAAGUUAGGAAGAAAUUUGGAAAACCAAGUAAAGCUAAUCAUGCAUAAGAAAUUAUUGAGGAAAAAUAAAAAGAGCUAUCUGAAUCAAUAGAUUAAAAAAUUGAAGGUACUAUUAAUAAGCUGAGAACAUUGUAAGAUGAAGUAAAACGAAGGUAUGGAGAUCUCAUUCAUUCCAAUAUAGACCAAAUAGAGGCAUAAUAGAAUAAAAUUCAAUUAGAUGCAACUAAAAACAAAGUAUUGGCUAAGACUCUUUAAAAAGCAUUGGAAUAAUAAGAUAUAGGGGUGGUGAUAACUCAAAAUCAGACUUUAGAGGACAGUCUGUAAAGCAUGCAUAAUCAAAUUAAAAACUAUGAAACCUUGAAAAAAGACUGUUAAGAUAAAAGAGAAUAGUAUAAAUUAGAUGCAGAGAAAGGUACUGAAGAAAUAUUGUAAGCUAUAAAUGAUAAGGUCAAGGCUGUGAAUGAAAUAUUAGAUAUUCCUAGAUAUAAACAUUUUGAGUUAUUGAAUUCUCCUUCUAAUUUCGACAGUCCUAGGGAACUCUAAUUGCUUGAAAGUCUAUUAAAUCCUGAAACAUCUAAGAAGCAAAACCCACCAAGAUCUCAAUCUGCAAAGCUAGAUCAAUCCAAAUAAAAACAGAAAGAGCCUCUUAAAUUUGAAAAGAUCAUAAUUCAACUCCAAAAAGAACAGCAGAAGACAAGACAGGAUAUUAAGAAUAAUAUUAUGGCAGACUUCUAAUUAUAAAAGUUUGCCUCUUCAAAUAGUAAUAAUUAGCCUGUGACUAGCACUAAAUCUACGACACAUUACGAUACAAAUGAGUACAAAAAAGAGUAAUAGUCUAGAAGACUCAGUAUGCAUUCCUAUUAAGUCAAUUCAUAACUUUCGAGCUAUUAAUGA